UUUGUUAAACCCCACCGUGACCUGUCCAGUAAAGCAGAGACACCCAACUUCACGCAUUCCUCCAUCACAAACUUACGGAAAUUUGAAACCACAACCACAAGCUCCUUCGUCCUUCGCUGUUCCGCUCUUUCUCCGCUUCUCUCCAAUUCUCUGUAUAUUCGCAUCCUGAAACUGAAUCAAUUCGCGACGAAAGUUCUAGAACUGGAAUUAGAUUCUCCCUCACAAAGCAAUUUCUGCUUUCUCGAACAACGGUGAGUUGUAAGUAGGGAUGGAGUUUGAGAAUCAGAGCGGUUGUGGCUCGUAUUAGUGGUGGACGGAUAUCGGAUUAUCGGCUUGGGGAUCGACUGUCAAGAUGUCUCUGCGAAUAAAGACGGUGGUGGACAAGUUCGUGCAGGAGCUGAAGGAAGCUUUAGACGCGGACAUUCAGGACAGGAUCAUGAAGGAGAGGGAGAUGCAGAGUUAUAUAGAAGAGCGCGAGCGGGAAGUCGCCGAACGCGAGGCUGCCUGGAAAGCCGAGCUCUCUCGCCGCGAGGCAGAGAUUGCCCGACAAGAAGGAAGGUUAAAGAUGGAGAAAGAAAAUCUCGAGAAGGAGAAAAGCGUCCUCAUGGGAACUGCAUCAAACCAAGAUAACCAAGAUGGAGCUCUUGAAAUAACAGUUAGUGGUGAAAAGUAUCGGUGCCUCAGGUUUGCAAAGGCAAAGAAAUGAGGCGUCACAGUGAAUGGUGAAGGACGACGGUGGCCAUGAAUAUGACAUAGUAAGCAUCUUAAUUCAUUCCAAUGCAUUGAAUAUGCCUAUGUGGCUAAAGCAAUUCAUAAUAUAUGUAUUGUUGAUAUCAUUUCAAUAAUAUUUGAUGUCGCUUCUAAAUCUUCAGCGAGCAGCGAAAAGAAACAGGUUCCUGUGCAGGAACCAGGAAGAAGGAUUAUACAUACAAGUUUCGCCUUCUAAUUCAUUGGAUGCUUUUUGUGGACCUGUACAUAUUUAGACUCUAUAAUACUAUAAUGUACAUAUAGAUUUUCAAUCUUUCAUGGUCAUGUUUCAUGGAGCCUUACUCA